AUGAGCGCCGUUGGCCGCAAUGUACCGUUAUCUCCAGUCUCUUUAGGUGGAAGUGAGUGGUCUUUAUCAAAAUAUCCCUCUCGCGAGGAAGGCGGCCGCGGCAACCUUGCCUCACCCCCCGUCUCGGGAGGCUCCAACGGGACCAUGAGCCUGAAUGGCUUCCCUCCGGGACCCCGAAGCAAUGGAGGCCCUUCGCCCCCGCCGUCCGUAGGUCGAUCGAGUACCGGAACGAACAUCUUUGGAGGAAGUGACGGCGGUCCCAACGGCAGCCGAACCGAACUGGACGAAUCCGUCCUGAUUGAACACUACAUUGCUCUCAAGGCCUUCCUCACCGCCAGGGGCAACGACGCGAGACAGCAGACCAACAAGGCACGCGACAAGCUCCUGCGACUCUCGGCAGUGCAGUUUUUCGAGCUCAGCACCGAUGUUUUCGACGAGUUGCUGCGCCGGCAGGCCAUGGCCAGAGCUCCGCCCAACGCGCCCAACACACCCUCGCAGUUUCUGCUGCCCGAGAAGACGUUUCACCCAAAGAGGAACCAAGCACGCCAGAGGCUCUCUUCCCUGGGGCCUCCCCGAUUUCGCGACCUCGCCGCCGACGUCUAUCACGAGCUGGAGAGACGAUUUCCCAGCUUCGUCGGCAGGGACAUACCGCGAGGAGGGAGCUCCACGUCGAUGCGCAGCGGGCCCAUCAGCCGCAACGGAACCCCCGUCAACGGCAUGUUUCCACCACGAGCUCAGAGCAACAGGCGCCGACCGUCCGAUGCCAGCUCGAUCCGCGGUGGGCCGCCGCCUCCAGACGGGUACGGCUUUCCUGCCUCUCCCAACCCUCUGCACCCCGCAAACCCUGCGAACGGCGAGUUUAGCCGACCCAUGCCCAAGCAACUAAACCAAAACAACACCAUUGUGCCCAACAAGAGCACGAUGCUGGAGGAAGAUGACGACGCGGGUGCCGCAGAGGCCGACAAGAAGGUGACGGAUGACUAUCAAGGGCAGAUUAGGAGCCUGCAGAGUAAACUGGCAGAUAUGGAGGACACGAUGAAGAAAAAGGACGACGAGAUGAAGGCGGCCCUAGACGGCGAACGCUCGAGAGCAGCCGCCGCCGCGAGCCUGGAGAAGCAGGAGUGGAGCAAUGUCCGCCUGGACCUCGAGAGCAAGCUUGCCGAAGCCCAGGACCUAAACGCAUCCAUGAAGCAAGAACUGGACCGCGUGCGAGCCAGCCAGGCGAUGGAGGCCGCCUCCUCCUCUACCAGGUCGGAUGCCGACAUUCAGCGGGAGAAUGAGGAGCUGCGGCAGUCCCUGCGGCAACAGGAGCAGGUCACGGAACAAGUGCGCAAGGAGGCGCAGGAGUUUCUCGAGGAGAUGAGGCUUCUCUCACAGCAGAGUGCCGCCACGUACGACAAGCAGCUGGAGCUGGAAAAGACGAUUGAGGACCUGGAGCGCGAGGUGCGCGACUGGAGAAACCGGUACGCCCGCUCCAAGACGCAGCAAGGCGGCAUGCGGGCAUCGCUGCAGGGCAUCGCCCUGGACCAAGGCGCGGCGGAUUGCCUCCGGGACAAGGGCUUCGUCCAGGACGACGGCGUAAUCAGGGACGUGCACGUCACCAGGUUCCAGAUGUCGAUUGACGAGCUGCUGCGGUCGGCACGCAACGACUCGCCCGAAAAGCUGGUGGCCGCCAUGAAACGGGUCGUGGUCAGCGUCCGUCGCAUUACGAGAGAGCUGGACGAGUCCACGCCGCACGACGACGACGACGACGACGCGAUUCAGCAGCAGGGCAGGCUGAAGGCAAGAGUGUCGUCGACGGCCAACGGGCUGAUUACGGCCUCCAAGAACUUUGCCGCCGCAGGCGGGCUGUCGCCCGUGUCUCUUCUCGAUGCCGCCGCCUCCAACCUCUCCGUGUCCAUUGUCGACCUGCUGCGCGUGGUCAAGAUACGGCCGACACCGCCUGGCGAGCUCGAGGAGGAUGACGACGGGGCCCUCACUCCCGUCGACCCGGCCGGCUUCUUCUCGCCCAGCAGCACUGCCCAGCCGUCUAGACGGGGCAGCCUUCCCCCGCCCCCGCCGUUCCAGGGGCUAGGGGGCGUCGGCCCUCGGGCCAGCGCCGAAUCCUCGACGUACAGCACCAUCAGCUCUCCCAGGGAAUCCGUGGGCCACCCGGGCGGCGGGGCGGCGAGCGGCGGGACGAGCGGAGGAGGAGGAGGAGGAUAUCUUGGCGGCGGCGGCGGUCCCAACGGCUACCACCAUGGUCGACCCGACGACCUCAAGUUGUACCUGGAUGACCAAACUGCGCCCUUGGUGUCCGAUAUUCAGAACCUGGUGAGCUGCGUCCGCGGAGGCGGCCAGAGAAAGCAGAUUGCGAGCCAUGUACUCUCCAUCGAAGCAAUCGUUGGCAACAUGGUGGAUGAAACACGGAAAUGCGGAUACGGCGGCAUGGCGUCGGCACUCGAAGAGACGCGCGACCGACUCUUGGAUGCCAGCCAAAGAGGCCAGGACAUUGCUCGUUCCGGGGCUGGGCAGGACGACCGAAGCUGGCACCUGUGGACUCAGGCCCUGCCACCGAUUGCCUUUGAGAUUGCUCGCGAGACAAAGGAACUUGUCCAGAAAGUAGGCGGGCUUACCCGUGCGAGCUGUGCUGACGAAUUCUCAUGA